AAAUUGUUUUAGAAUUUUAACUGAAUGUUUUAUUUAUUGUAAUGACUGUUUAAUAACAUUUUAACAAAGUUUUAUUACCUGUGUGUUACAGAACAAAUGCUCAAUGACUUUUUUCUAUACUGUGUCGGGUCUAACCCGAGCAGUAAAGUAAAAGACAACGGAAACACGUGCCGCAGCCACGUACGGCGUUUCCUGCUUUUUUCAGGAGAGGGGCAGCUGUUGAGAGGGGACUUUGCCUUCCUUAAGGAAGCCAAAGUAGUAUCUGACUGGGUGCAGGUCCUAAAGGAGGAUGGCAUGAAGCCAACUACUAUCAGGGUGAACCUAAUAAAUAUUAGGAAAUUCGUGCUCUUCCUGAAAGACCAGCCGGUCGGGGUCACAAAGGUCAGUGAUAAGGCCUUUGAUCGCCUCCUGAGCCAGCUCAAACAGCGGCUGAGGGACCUCCACAGAGAUGUGACGAUUCACCGGCAGAAGAUCCGGAAAGCCGGCCGAAGAAAUAUAGUGCCAAUUGACUCUUCAAAAGCCUUUAGAAAGAAGGCGCGGAGGAUCCUUCCCAUGAAACUGAAAAGGGACUCUGAAGUGUUCGGUCUGUUGGCGGGGUACUUCAUCAGCCUCUCUGGACAUCGGACAGGGGUGAUGGAAAACAUGCUCAUGUCCGAGGUCCGAGAGGCCGAACUUGAGGACAACCGCAGCAUCAUUGAGGUUCAAAGCCACAAAUCUGCGGGCACCUAUGGGCAUGCUCAGGUGUCAGUGAACGAAAAGGAAUACAGCUGGUUCAUGUCCCUGCUUGACAUGCGAGACAACUUUGAGGGGUCCGACAGCCCCUACUUCUUCUUUUCUGCUUCUGGAGGAAAAUGCAGAAAGCUUGUGUAUUACUUCCAGAAGGAGUGGAAGAAGAUGGGGCUGAAGGGCUCCUUUACGUUCCGUAACCUCCGAACUUCAGUGGUGCACUACACUAAGGACCUAAGCCCUUCUAAGAAGGCAGCUGUGCACAGGCAGAUGUGCCACAGCGAAGCUGUGGCAGCAAAGUUCUACCUGCCACUCAACACUGCCGACGAAGCUGCACAGGUUAGGAAGUUGCAGGAGGGCUCGUCGGAGACCUCAUCAGAGACCUCCAAGAAGACCGUGCAGGAGACCUCACAGGAUUCCUCACAGGAGAUCUCACUGGAGUCCUCACAGGAGACCUCACGGGAGUCCUCACGGGAGUCCUCACAGGAGACCUCACGGGAGUCCUCACAGGAGACCUCACGGGAGUCCUCACAGGAGACCUCAGAGGAGACCUCUCCGCCGAAGACCUCGCCGCCAACUUCGCCGCCGAAGACCACGCCGGCGGAAAGUUCAGCUGUCUGCAUGCCGGAGCAGUCAUCGGCGCCAUCCGGUAGUGGUCAAAAGAGAAAGAGGUCUUCGGAGGAAGAGGGCAAACUCCAGGGGAAAAAGCGCGCUAAGAGGGACAUAUCUAAGUUUUUUGCAGAAGAGCCCGAGGACGUUGAAGUGUCGUUGGAUGAAUCUGGCUCUUCAGAUCUUGAGAAAUUUUUUGUCAUGCAUCGUUGA